GGGAUGGCAGCCGCUAACGGCCCGGGCUGGAGGGCGGGUGAGCGAGGGUGGGCCCGAGGCUGCCUCUAAGAGGGUUUGCUCAGGAAUGCUCCAGGCUGCGGGGCCCGAGGGUGGUGGCUUCCGUGACUCCAUUUACCCUGGCUGCCUCUCGACGUGCGGGGCCUAAGGGGAGAGGAGCUGUCUGGCCUUUAGCCCUUCAUCCUUGGUUAAGGAAAUGACCAACCAGUACAGUAUUCUCUUCAAACAAGAGCAAGCCCAUGAUGAUGCCAUUUGGUCAGUUGCCUGGGGGACAAACAAGAAAGAAAGCUCUGAGACGGUGGUCACAGGAUCCCUGGAUGACCUGGUGAAGGUCUGGAAAUGGCGUGAUGAGAAGCUGGACCUACAGUGGAGUCUGGAGGGCCAUCAGCUGGGUGUGGUGUCUGUGGACAUCAGCCACACCCUGCCCAUUGCUGCGUCCAGUUCUCUUGAUGCUCAUAUUCGUCUCUGGGACUUGGAAAACGGCAAACAGAUAAAGUCUAUAGAUGCAGGACCUGUGGAUGCCUGGACUUUGGCCUUUUCUCCUGAUUCCCAGUAUCUGGCCACAGGAACUCAUGUGGGGAAAGUGAACAUUUUUGGUGUGGAAAGUGGGAAAAAGGAAUAUUCUUUGGACACAAGAGGAAAAUUCAUUCUUAGUAUUGCAUAUAGUCCUGAUGGGAAGUAUCUGGCCAGUGGAGCCAUAGACGGAAUCAUCAAUAUUUUUGAUAUUGCAACCGGGAAACUUCUGCACACGCUGGAAGGCCAUGCUAUGCCCAUUCGCUCCUUGACUUUCUCCCCGGAUUCGCAGCUCCUUGUCACUGCUUCAGAUGAUGGCUACAUCAAGAUCUAUGAUGUACAACACGCCAACUUGGCUGGCACAUUGAGUGGCCACGCAUCCUGGGUGCUGAACGUUGCAUUUUGUCCUGAUGACACACACUUUGUUUCCAGCUCAUCUGACAAAAGUGUAAAAGUUUGGGAUGUUGGAACGAGGACUUGUGUUCACACCUUCUUUGAUCACCAGGAUCAGGUCUGGGGAGUAAAAUACAAUGGAAAUGGCUCAAAAAUUGUGUCUGUUGGAGAUGAUCAGGAAAUUCACAUCUACGAUUGUCCGAUUUAAACAUCAAUCUUCCAGGCUAAUGCUGCAGAAAGAAUGUAUAGAUUGAUCAUGACAUUCCUUACCUUUCUGGCUUGUUUAAAAGAAAUAUAGCAUUUAUUGUAGCAAACACUUAAAUUUUGUAGAUACAGUAUAAAUCUUU